CGACGAACAGCGGGAAUUCGACUUCAAAACUAUGAGGGAAGAGGUGAUCGAUCGCAAAGGGGACAUAGUCAUCACUGUCAUUCCUCCCGCCAUCCCACCCCUCUACAUCUUGGAGCCCACAACCACCAACCCCCGAUGUUUCAAAGUCUCCUCCAAGACCUUGACCCUCGGUUCGAAAUAUUUCCAAACCAUGCUGAACCCCCGCUGGUCGGAGGGCAACGAGCUGCGCGAAACCGGCACCCUCAAGCUCUGGCUCCACGAUACAGGCCCAGACACGUUCGCCAUCCUCCUCAAUCUUCUGCAUUCUCGAUUCAGGCACAUCGGCACGCUCUCGACCAUCGAUCAAUUGACCACGCUCGCCGUCCAGGUGGAUUACUUCCAAUGCGAUACCAUCUCGGCGGCGUUAAGCCAACGUUUGAUCCAGUGCCUGGAUCAGAGUCGCACCACCGUCGUGACGACCGCCGAUGCCCGCUGGGUGCUCGUCGCCUGGAUGCUUGCUGACUCCAAGCUGUUCAGUAAAGUCACUCGGGCCAUUCAGCGCCAGAUUCAAGGGGAGUUUGAUUCUCUGCGUCUCCCCAUCCCUCCUACGGUACAAGCCGCCAUCAACAAGGGCAGAAGCAACGCCAUCGCCGAUAUCCUCUCUGCCCUCUCCGCCCGUCUGCAGCGUCUACAAUCCGGCCCAAUCCUCUGCGGCUUCAUGUGCCACUCCUUCAAGCUGGGCGCGUUCAUACGCCAGCUCACCGACGCGGGCAUCUACCCCGGGGACUUCGCCCCCGGCGAAGACCAGUACGACGGUCUUUCGGUCGAUGGGGUUCUGGACGCUUUAGGCCAGAUCAAAGACUACACGUGCGUUGGCCGGGACGAGCGUGGGCGUUUGACCUCCCUGGGUGGUCGGUGUUCUGGGUCUUGGGGUAGUGGUUUGUCGGAGCUACAGAGUGUCCAUACAGGGAGGCCGGGGGGGUUGGUGCUGAAGAAGUAUCGGACAAGCUAGCUGGUUAGAUGGUGUAGGUUAGGGUAAGGGUAGAGGGAGGGGAUGCGCUGGGUGCUGUGAGAUGAGGUUUAUGUGUCUGUGUUCUUGUUUAUGAUUCUUCUCUAGGUUCUAAU